CAUGCCCGUGCUCAUGGCGAUAAAGCAGCCCUUUUUUAUAGUUUUGAGGAAGUCCUAGCCGCCUAUCAUGAUCCUGUUGAAACCCAGAGCCCGGAAUGUCCACCUAAUAAACUUGCUGAGUAUAUAGGUUUUGGAUUCAAUAAGCGAACGAUGAAGCGAGCCGUUAACAGGGACAAGAAUCUUGUGGACCUAGCGGAGAGAUGCGUUAAGCCUGGAUACUAUGCCCGAAACCUCGCCAAUUGGCUUAAAUAUUACCCUAGCAACCAGAUUCUACUCGUUGACGGUGAUGAGCUGCGCCUUAAUCCCAUUCCUUUGAUGCAGAAAGUUCAGAUCUUUGCUGGCUUCGAAAACUCUGUCAAUUAUUCUUCAUUGAUUUUCUACGAUUCACAAAAAGGCUUUUUCUGCGCAUCCAACGAACUAAAUCUCAUUCCGGGCUCUGGUUGGCGCUCUUGUCUUGGUGGCAGCAAGGGCCGCGACUACAUCCAUCUUGACACUGCAAUUUAUGUGCCCAAACUCUCAUGGCUUUAUUAUUGUCAAGACAUUCUGGCCUUGGUCCACCUACUCAAUACCACUCGUUUUUACGCUACUGAUGCUGAUUCUCCCUGGCCAACAUGGUUACAGAAACUAAUUUACAAGCCCGUCCAGGGAUCUACAUCAGUCCCAACAUGUUGUCCUAAAAAUCACCUCUGCUUGUUAACCCUUUCUCCUUUGUUUACUUUUGCUUCAGUCAUCUUUUUUUAUCUCUAUCGCAUUUAUGUAUAUUUGCCUUAUUUUGACAUUUAA